AUGAUCCACCGCGAAGUAGCCGAUGGUCUAGAGCGUCUUUGGAACAUAAGAGAAAACUGCAUAUGGGAAGCCGAUGAAAGUAGUCGCCAUGGAGAGGUUUAUAUAUUCGACCAUGUAUUUAACCAAGAAUGUACAAAUUCAGAUGUAUAUGGAUCUGUAGUAAAACCUUUAGUCGAUUCCUUCAUGGAAGGUUUCAAUGCAACAAUAUUUGCAUAUGGCCAAACAUCUUCUGGCAAAACACACACCAUUUUGGGCAAUAAAACAGAUCCUGGGCUUUUCCAAUUAGUAUCCAAUCAGUUAUUCCAGCAUGUGGCAGACCAGGUUGAUGAGAGGUACUUGAUUGGAUUCAGUUAUAUUGAAAUCUACAAUGAAAAGAUCAAUGACCUCCUGGAUAAGAGCAAUCAGGGUUUAACUAUAAGAGAAGAUAUCAAAGGAAAUGUGCUGCUUGAUGCAAGGGAAGCUGUCGUAGACAAUGUUGAUCAAGUUAUGGAGAACAUGAUGCAGGGCAAUAAGAUCAGACGAGUUGCAGCUACUCGCAUGAAUGAGAGGUCAUCUCGAUCACACACGAUUUUCCGGAUUAUUCUGGAGUCGAAAGAUGCCAAUCAGAAAGAUGGACCUGUACAUAUAAGCUACCUUAACUUAAUGGACUUGGCUGGUUCUGAGAGAGUUUCUCUGACGAAAGCUGCUGGUGAGCGUCUUGAAGAGGGGGCUAACAUAAACAAAUCUUUGUCAGUAUUAGGAAAUGUGAUAAGGUAA